AUGUUUGAGGAAUUCAUUUCAUAACUUGGAACAAUCAAAAAUGCUGAAAUUCCUUUUUAUUUUAGGAAUCAAUUUAAAAUAAAAGAAAAUUUCAUAAAUCCAAACAGCAAAUAUUUCGAUGGUAUUGUAUAAAAGUAAGUAAUAAAUAUAUAAAAAAAUAAUAGAUUGGUUUAGGAGGAAAAGUAAGAUAUAAAGAGAAAAUGGGAUAAAUAAUGUAAAAUGAUGUUUAUUUGGGUGUUAAGUAAGUAUUUUCAAUUAAGAAAUGUAAAAACUAUUAAUCCAAAUAAAGAAGAAUGGAUUGAGCUUGCAAGUAUCUUAAAAACUGAUGAGACUAUUUUGAAAUAAAGAUGGAUCACAUUAAUAAAUCCUGUAUAAAAGAGUUUAAAUUGGGAUCCUAAAGAGGAUGAGAUAAUUUGUUCAUUGAUGAAGUAAAUUGUAUAAAAUAAUAUAGUGAAUAAGAUGAGAAACAUAUAUGGACAUUUAUUGCCUUAGAGUUAUAUAAUUAAAAUGGUGGUUCAUUUAUAAGGACUCCUAAAUAAAUUAGAGAAAGAUGGAUGAAUUAUUUAAACCCAAAAUUGAAUAAGUAACUAUCAAUAUUUAUAGUUCAGAGCUAAUUGGACUUAAUAGGAAGAUAUUUAAUUGUUAACUAAUAUAUUAAAGAAUGGUAAAAGAUGGUCUCAAUUAUCUAGUGUUUUAUAAGGAAGAACUGAAAAUUAAGUGAAGAAUAGGUAUAUCAACUUUAUAUAAAAUAAGAUUUAAAAGCUUAAUGUAAAAGAUAUUCAAAGAUGAUUUAGAUGAUCAUUUAGAUGAACUCUAAGCUAUACAAUAAUAUUUAAACAAAUCAGCACUUAAUUCUAAUAAUAUAUCAUCAAAUCCUGUCAUUUAAAAAAAUCAAUCUUUCUAAGAUAUUAAAUAUAAAACUAGAAAAACACACAAUUACUCUAAACUUUGUCAAAAAACAACUAAGUAAAAAAUAUAAACUAAAACUCAUUUUAAAAUUCUAAAAAAUUAGUAAGAAUCAAUUCAUUAACAAUUCAUUAAUUAAAAUAAUUCAAUUAAUCAAAAAGAAAAUAAUUAAAAAAUUGAUGAAUUAAAUCAUUUAGAUCAUCCAUAAUCAAUCUUAUAAUAAUAAUAACCUUAAAUUUCUGAUAACAACAAUAUUUAAACACCAAGUACUUUAAAUCCAUUUCUAUAACCAUUAAUAUAAUAAUAAUAAAACUUUGAACUUUAAUAAUAAAAAUAGAAUUAUUUGAUUUUUUAAAAUUAUAGAAAUUAGAUGGAAGAAUACUAAUAAUAUUCAUAUUAAAUUAUGAUGGAAUAAUAUAUCAAACAAUUAUAAUCAAAUUAUAAUGCCAUAUCGCCAAUCUCUAUGAUUAAUUAGACUCCAAUGACCUAUACACCUACUUAACAAUUUUAAUUUUAUUACAAUACAUUCACAUCACCUUAAUGGAAUUGUACUCCUAAUUUUGAUUUAAAUUCACCUAUAAUUUAGAAUCUUUACUGGCAAACACAACAAUAAAAUUAUGAUUAUUCUCAAAAUGAAUAAAUCAGACAAAUGCAAUUUGUAUUUAUUCAAAUUAUUUUAGAAUCAUAAAUUAGAAUUUUUAAAUUCGAAUAAUCUUGUAGAUGAUUGGAAAAAAAAAAGAGAUAAUUUAAAAUAAAAUUAGUAAUUUUCAGUUAUGGAUUCAUUAGAUUAAUGA